AUGAGUGGUGGAAUUCGGUUGGAUCUCGACCCAAAUAAUGGUACUACCAAGAAAGAUAACGUAGAACGUACUGAGAAUAGUGCAGAUCAUAAGGUUGAUGGAUAUACUUCCUACAAAUAUGCCAAGCAAGAUUCAAAAGACCCAUUUGUUCUUUCUGCUCUCUUGUUUGGGAAGAGUCCGCUGCCGGGGAUACUUUCAUAUCCUAUCUUGGUUACAUAUGUUACAACCUACUUUAACAGUGUUGGGACAAAGCUCCUGCUAAUGCACAUUAGCGUUUCUGAUGGAAAUCAUAAAUACUAUCUAAAUCCGGAUACAUCUAGAAAGCCAGAGAAUCUAGCAUUUACAGAAUUUAUUCCUCAAAAUAAACAAUCUCUGAAUUCUGACGAACUUUAUGAUAUACUCCAGGACAUAACUAAUAAUGAUGGAUUUGGCCUCGCUCAGUUUGGUAGUAGCAAGAGAAAUAGAGCUAAUAAACUUGUUGGAGAAAAUUAUCUGAUAUUCAACCUUGAAAGGGGGCCAGAUAAUAGUUACAAAUCUGAAAUUACUGAUCUGGACAUUAAAACUAUGCCUGUUGAUAUAGUAUCUGUUUCUGGAUUUUCAAAGGUUCGACAUACUCCAGAUUAUAGCCAAUUUAGAUUGCUUGGUAUCAAACUUAAGAAUGGUCAAUAUAUGAAAGUUACAGACGGUUUUCCAAAUGAUCCUAUCGAAGAAUUUUAUGUUUACUAUAGAGAUUCCGAUCACAAUUACAACGACCCCCUUCUUAUAAGUUUAAAGAUAGUACAAAACGGUAUUUAUGGUAUUAAUUAUCUUCCGAGCAGGUAUUAUAUCACGAAAAAUAUUUCCAACAACAGUAGAAAAUGGGAUAUUCGUAAGAUAGGAUCGUAUAUAGAUGAGAGAAAUGGUGGACUUAGACAGGUUCUCCAAAGUAUCUCCGCAAAUGGCAAACUUGCAGUGGAUUCUAUAGAAGAUUCUGAGCUCAGGGAUAAACUAGGUGAUACUAGUAAGGGACUUACCAUUGAUUUAACUCAGACAACAGCGGGAGGUAAUGGAUCAACUGGUGCAUACACAUCUGAUAAUAUUUCUAUCCCCUACAAAAGGGAGUCAUCCACAGGUUCAUACAUUUAUCAUACCAUUACUCACGCUUAUAAUUUCCCAAGUUUCACCAUAAAGACUAUUAACACAGUAUCUGGAGAGAUAGGGUCUGACAAGUUACCUCCUGGCACAGUAUUUGGAAGGUUAAGAGCUAACUACAGUGGUGGAGACUAUAACAAUCUCUUGUUCCUGGAAUUACUUUGCCUUUAUAAUUCCCAAGAUACAAAAUCUCCUAGAUACGUUUAUUACUAUUCUAAAGAUGGUAGUGGUCAAUGGCAGGGCUAUAUUCUCAAUACAACAGUUAGUGCGCGCACAACUGAUAUGGAAAGUGUCAUAAAGCAUCUGAAAAGCAAUGGUAACAAGAUAAACAUUGGUAGUCUUGUCGAUCAAGGUCUUGAGGGUAAAAUUUUUAAAUACUCACUAGAAUCCUUUAUAACUGACGAUAAAAAUGGUAUAUUAUUUGACCUUACCAAAAAGCCCAAAGGUAGUGAUUCUACCUCUCAAACUACAUACUGGUUUGGUAACACAAAAAUCGGUCUUAUACCUGGUAAGUCUACUUCCGGACACCAUAAAGUUAAGCAUGAUGUUGGUCAAUCCUUCACUAUUAAGGGUGUAAAGCUUAAAGAUGGAUCUUCUAUGAGAGUUUCUGGAGGAUUUCCCAGUGAUCUCUUUACAAACUUUUUCGUCUACUAUUCCAAGGACAAUUAUGAAAAAUAUGAUGAUCCCCUCCUUAUAACACUUUCCAUAUCUACUCAGGGGGCAGGUCCAGAGUCUACUCCUGACAUAUACCUACUAGUAAAAUCUAAAGAUAAUAAAAAAUGGGAUAUUUACAGAGCUAGAAACAUUAAUGAGCAUGAAGAUGAAAAUAAAGAUCUUACAAAGAUACUCCAAAACAUAUCUGGAGGAGGAUUUGACAUAAAAAGCCUUGAGCAGAAGGUAAAAAAUAAGCUUGAAAAAUAUCAACAGGGUAGCGGAAAAACUUCCAGUAAAGAAACUGGAGCUGCAAAACCUCUGUAUAAGACUGUUCUUGAAGGAUUUGGAGGGAGUGGUGCAGGUGGUUUUGGAGCCUGGGAAGGAUAUAACUUAUUAUUGAACCCAGAUAGGAGUCUAGUCAUGCGACUGAUCAGAAUAUUCAGACUACUACUUUAA